GUUAAGUUGUUUAUAUCCCUUCCCAUCCGGUCGCCGGUUCACCUGUCACUCAGUCACCCAAUCUCUGCAACGAACUCCGCCGCUUUCCCUUCAAGAAUUAUACCAAAAGGAAGGACCUGACGUCCCCGACGGCCAGUUCUCCGACAGGGAUUAGGGUUCCUCAAUUCCUUUCCCUUUCCAUUCCAUUACGCAACGCAUAAUUCCGCCAUGGGAUUCUAUUCCUUACUAAUCAGUUAAAUUCACUCUCAGCCAGACGGACGCUUCGAAUAGGGCUGGCGGAGAAAAGCGGGGGAUUGAAAUUAGUGUUGUUCUUUCUGUUAUCUUUCUUCUUUCUUGGGGCUUUGUGGUUUCAGAUCUGACAUUGGGGGAUUUGGCAGCUGACAAGCAAAUGUCUUACAUGGACGGCGCUGUCCCUUCGAUCCCCGCCAAGUUCAAGUCGGAGAAGUCGCACCAUCUCCAUCAUCAUCGUCUUCUUCGCUGGCACAACUCCUCGUUUCCCAAGCUCCUCGCCUUGUCUUUCUUCGCCGCCGCUAUCCUGUUUGCCUUCUUUUUUAUAUCCCCGCAUUCCACCGCUGUCUCGCGUUCUUCCUCUGCAACCGAGCGGCGAUCUCUCCGCACCUCUUCCUCGGCAGGCUGGGGUGGCCCCGAGUGGGAGAAGCACGUGCGCUCCUCCGCACGCAUUCGGCGUCGUCCUGUGGGCAUCUCCGUGCUUGUCACUGGCGCCGCUGGCUUUGUGGGCACUCAUGCUAGUAGUGCUCUCAGGCGCCGUGGCGAUGGCGUGGUAGGUCUAGACAACUUUAACAAUUACUACGAUCCCACCCUGAAACGCGCCCGCCAGGCUCUCCUCUCCAAAUCUGGCGUCUUCCUGGUCGAGGGUGACAUCAAUGAUGCCCUCCUACUUAGCAAGCUCUUCGACCUCGUCACCUUCACUCACGUCCUCCACCUCGCGGCUCAGGCUGGCGUCCGAUACGCGAUGGAGAAUCCCGGAUCCUACGUUCAUAGCAAUGUAGCGGGCCUUGUUUCCAUUCUCGAGGCCGCGCGCUCUGCUGCCAACCAGCCGGCGGUUGUGUGGGCAUCCUCUUCCUCAGUGUACGGUCUCAACACCCAAAUACCCUUCUCGGAAUCCCACAGAACCGAUCGCCCGGCCUCCCUCUACGCCGCCACAAAAAAGGCCGGGGAGGAGAUUGCGCACGUAUAUAAUCACAUCUACGGCCUCUCCAUUACCGGCCUGCGGUUUUUUACAGUAUAUGGUCCUUGGGGCCGCCCUGAUAUGGCCUAUUUCUCCUUUACAAGGGACAUUCUUGCUGGCAAGCCCAUCACCAUCUUUGAAGGCUCUGAUGGGGCCACGAUUGCGCGCGACUUUACGUACAUUGACGACAUUGUACAGGGUUGCCUUGCAUCUCUGGAUACCGCACAGAAGAGCACGGGCAGCGGUGGGACAAAGAAGGGGCCAGCUCAGUUCCGUAUCUUCAACCUUGGUAACACCUCCCCAGUACCUGUAGUUGAGCUUGUCUCCAUUCUUGAGCGCCACCUCAAGAUGAAGGCCAAACGUAAGGUUGUCAAAAUGCCAAGGAAUGGAGACGUUCAGUUUACUCAUGCAAACAUCAGUUUGGCGAAAAAAGACCUCGGAUAUCAUCCGAAAACUAACCUCCAGACGGGUCUGAAGAAGUUCGUGAAAUGGUACCUAGCCUACUACGCUCCUCCUUCAGGAUCAUACUUGACCAAGAAGGAUAGAGGCCGCAGCAGCAGCUCCAGCUGAUGUUAAAAGCAGACGGAAUCUUAUGAUGAAGAAGAUUAUUGGUAAAUGACGAGAAUCAGAGGAGCUAUACAUUUUUUAUAACGAGGUACCUCGACUCGUUACAUGUUCCAACACCUUAUUUUCUUUUGUGAUCCAUUGUUGAUUAUGAAAUCCAUUACUCUCAAUGCUGAAAAAUUUAUUUCUUUAGUUUCAUUAGUUAUCAUUUAUAGAUUAUGACUGUUGUAAAUUUGCUAAAUACCUUUUGUUUUGAUUCUGUCUCAAGAGUUAAUAAAAGAUUAAGUCAUAAUUUUGAGUUGGUUCA